CUAACCAAUAACGAGGAACGAGGAACGAGGACGAGACGAAAACAGAGACGAGAAAAAUGGAAACAUCGAAAGCUAAAGCUCCAAUAAUGGCGUCUCCUCGACCCAAGUCACCUCGAGUGCCAGUUUCCACGAAGAAAGAGGACAAAGAGGAAAGCUUCUGGGAUAAAAUCGGAACGCUCGGACGGAAGAAACGUAUCAAGGAAGUGAAAGAUGUGCAGGAAGAAGGAAAAUAUGCGAUUGAUUCACCAGGGUAUGCCUCUAAUCCUGACAUGCCACCAGAGGAAUAUGCUCUCGAUGAGAACGAAGAACGUUCCAUGAUAGAGCCAAAAUCUUUGGAAGACUCCAAGCUGCAAGAAUUGAUAUUUGUUUUGAUCGAAUGGAUCAAUGACGAAUUGGCCGAUCAGCGAAUUAUCGUGAAAGAUAUCGUAGAAGAUCUUUACGACGGACAAGUGCUGCAGAAACUUCUAGAAAAGCUGACUGGGGAGAAAUUGGACGUGCCUGAAGUAACUCAAUCUGAGGAAGGACAGAAGCAGAAACUCGCUGUUGUCUUGUCCGCUGCUAAUCGUGUCCUAGGUCGAUAUCCACCUUACAAGUGGAGCGUCGAAUCUAUACAUUCAAAGAAUAUCGUUGCUAUUCUGCACCUGCUCGUUGGCCUAGCACGGCUCUUUCGCGCUCCCGUUAGAUUGCCGGAAAGAGUUGCCGUUCAAGUAGUUGUGGUACGUAAAAAGGACGGUCAGUUGAUACAUAGAACGGUGAGAGAAGAACUAACGACAACGUACGACGAUUUGGGGAUGCGUUGCGAGCGUGAUGCAUUUGAUACACUUUUCGAUCAUGCACCCGACAAAUUGGCCGUUGUAAAGAAAUCAUUGGUAACAUUCGUGAAUAAGCAUUUGAGCAAGGUACAUUUGGAAGUGACCGAUCUGGAUACUCAAUUCCACGAUGGAGUCUUCUUGAUUUUGCUGCUUGGUCUCUUGGAAGGUUUUUUUGUCCCACUAGGUAGCUUUCAUUUGACACCAAGGACCAUUGACCAAAAAGUUCAUAAUGUUUCAUUUGCAUUUGAUAUUAUGCGAGAUAUUGGGCUACCGAAGCCAAAAGCUCGUCCCGAAGAUAUCGUAAAUUUGGAUCUGAAAUCUACGCUCCGCGUUUUAUAUAAUCUCUUUACGAAAUAUAAAGGGAUAAAUUAGUAAAAAUGAUGUAUUGAAUCGCUUUUAUCGCACGUAGCUUUAUGCACAAAUGUUGUGUUACUAAAAGUGAUAAUCUAAUUAUCCUAACAAUCGUACGUCGUGACGUGAUUCUGCCAUCCUUAUUAAGCUGCCAUUGGAGAGCUAUUUAUAGAAAUGGAUUUAAUAUAUGGAUCUCACGUGUUUAGCUAUGCUUUUUACAUUUCAUCAAAUUUUAUUUUCUUCUUUGAAACCAAUAAAUAAUCGAGAGCAAAUUUUACACACACGCACACAAACAAAAUACAUGUGUUUAUUUCAAUUUUAGACAAACAAAAAUGUAAAAAGAAACGUAAAAAUGUACAGCUAGAUACAGAGCAGAGAAUAAUGUAUUAAAAGCUUCAAGUAACCUUAA